CCGCCGCAGCCCCGAGCCACGGCCGGCAGAGCGCGGCCAGGCCACGGCCACAGCGGCAGUGGCUCUGAGGGGGCCGCCGCCUGCGUCUCUGCGCGGCGCCGCCGCCACCCGCUGCUGCCCGCGGCGGCCUGCGCCUCAGGCUCCCGCUCCGGCGCUGCUGUUGCUAAAGAGUUUUGUAACUAUCGACUCAAGUACAAUUUCGAUGGAAAAUGAAGGUUGCACGUCUUCAAAAGCUCCCUGAUGGUGACAAUGAGACAAUGAUUCCUGUACUGUCCUCCAAAAAAGCAAGUGAACUGCCAGUGGAUGAAGUAGCCAGCAUUCUUCAAGCCAAUCUUCAGCAUGGCUUAAAGAACUGUGAAGUGUGUCACCGGCGAGCAUUCCACGGCUGGAAUGAAUUCGACAUCAGCGAAGAUGAACCUCUCUGGAAAAAAUACAUUGCCCAGUUUAAAAACCCUCUCAUCAUGCUGCUCCUGGCAUCUGCAGUCAUCAGUGUUUUAAUGCAUCAGUUUGAUGAUGCUGUCAGUAUCACUGUGGCAAUACUCAUUGUUGUUACAGUUGCCUUCGUUCAGGAGUACAGGUCAGAGAAGUCUCUUGAAGAGCUUAGCAAACUUGUGCCUCCAGAAUGCCACUGUGUACGAGAAGGCAGGCUGGAGCACACCCUGGCAAGAGACCUGGUGCCAGGGGACACCGUCUGCCUGGCUGUUGGAGACAGAGUCCCGGCUGACCUGCGGCUGUUUGAGGCUGUGGACCUCUCUAUUGAUGAAUCCAGUCUGACAGGUGAGACAGCUCCGUGCUCCAAGUCCACAGCUCCGCAGCCAGCAGCGACCAAUGGAGACCUUACUUCCAGGAGCAACAUCGCCUUCAUGGGAACGCUGGUCAGAUGUGGGAAAGCAAAGGGGAUAGUUAUUGGCACAGGAGAAAACUCUGAGUUUGGGGAGGUUUUCAAAAUGAUGCAAGCAGAAGAGGCUCCAAAGACCCCUCUGCAGAAGAGCAUGGAUCUCCUGGGAAAACAGCUCUCCUUGUACUCCUUUGGCAUCAUAGGUGUCAUUAUGCUGGUUGGCUGGCUGCAGGGCAAGCACAUCCUUGAUAUGUUCACAAUUGGGGUGAGCUUGGCUGUGGCUGCAAUCCCUGAAGGACUCCCAAUCGUGGUGACAGUGACCCUGGCCCUGGGUGUGAUGAGGAUGGUGAAGAAAAGAGCAAUUGUGAAAAAGCUGCCAAUUGUGGAGACGUUGGGUUGCUGCAACGUGAUCUGUUCAGAUAAAACUGGAACUCUGACCAAGAACGAGAUGACUGUGACUCAGAUUGUCACUGCAGAUGGGCAGCAUGCUGAGGUUACUGGAGUAGGCUAUAACAGGUUUGGAGAAGUGCUGCUGGAUGGAGAAGUGAUUCAUGGCUAUAACAACCCAUCCAUCAGCAAGAUCGUGGAGGCUGGCUGUGUAUGCAAUGAUGCUGUGAUCAGGAACAACACCUUGAUGGGGAAGCCAACUGAAGGGGCUCUGAUCGCGCUCGCCAUGAAGAUGGGUUUGGAUGGACUCCAGGAAGACUACAUAAGGAAGGCUGAGUAUCCCUUCAGCUCAGAGCAAAAAUGGAUGGCUGUUAAGUGUGUUCACAGGACACAGCAGGACAAACCCGAAGUGUGCUUUAUGAAAGGUGCUUACGAACAAGUCAUUAGGUACUGUUCAUCAUAUCACUGUAAGGGGCAGACCCUACCUCUUGGGCAGCAGCAGAGGGAGCAGUACCAGCAAGAGAAGACUUCAAUGGGCUCUGCAGGACUUAGGGUGCUGGCCUUAGCCUCUGGCCCUGAGCUGGGGCAACUGAGCUUCCUGGGGCUGGUGGGAAUCAUCGACCCUCCACGCACUGGUGUCAAGGAAGCUGUUACCACACUGAUCACCUCGGGGGUCGCAAUCAAAAUGAUUACUGGGGACUCCCAGGAGACUGCAGUUGCCAUUGCUAGUCGCCUGGGCCUGUAUGCCAAAAAUUCCCAGGCAAUCUCUGGAGAGGAAAUAGAUGAUCUGGAUAUUCAGCAGCUUUCCCAAAUUACACCAAAGGUUGCAGUCUUCUACAGAGCCAGCCCCCGCCAUAAGCUGAAAAUCAUAAAGUCCCUGCAGAACAACGGUGCAGUAGUGGCUAUGACAGGAGAUGGAGUAAACGAUGCUGUUGCUCUGAAGGCUGCAGAUAUUGGUGUAGCCAUGGGACAGACUGGAACUGAUGUUUGUAAAGAGGCAGCAGAUAUGAUCCUGGUGGAUGAUGAUUUCCAGACAAUAAUGUCUGCAAUUGAAGAGGGCAAAGGAAUUUAUAAUAACAUUAAAAACUUUGUUAGGUUUCAGCUGAGCACGAGUAUAGCAGCACUGACUUUAAUCUCACUGGCUACAUUAAUGAACUUUCCUAAUCCUCUCAAUGCCAUGCAGAUCUUGUGGAUCAAUAUUAUUAUGGAUGGACCCCCGGCCCAAAGCCUGGGGGUGGAGCCUGUGGAUAAAGAUGUUAUUCAGAAGCCUCCCAGAAACGUGAAGGACAGCAUUCUGACCAAAAACCUGAUUGUUAAAAUCCUGGUCUCAUCUGUCAUCAUCGUCUGCGGGACACUCUUUGUCUUCUGGAGAGAGCUGAGAGACAAUGUGAUCACCCCUCGAGACACCACCAUGACCUUCACCUGCUUCGUCUUCUUCGAUAUGUUCAAUGCCCUGAGCUCCAGAUCCCAGGCCAAGUCGGUGUUUGAGAUUGGACUCUGCAGCAACAGAAUGUUCUGCUACGCUGUCCUGGGAUCCAUCAUGGGGCAGCUGCUGGUCAUUUACUUCCCUCCACUGCAGAAGGUUUUCCAGACAGAGAGCCUGAGUGUCCUGGAUUUACUGUUCCUGCUGGGCCUCACCUCCUCUGUGUGCAUAGUGACUGAGAUCAUCAAGAAGUUUGAACGAAGCAAGGACAAGGUCCAGAAACGUGGGAGCUCUUCAUCAACUUCCUCCUUCCUGGAUGUAUGAUGCAUAUUGCAUUCUUCUUUGGCACACCAAGGGUGGAGGGGAGAGCAAAAGCAACCUGGGAGGAUCAAGGAAUCCUCAGGGCUUUGGACAAGUCCUUUCCUUUCACUGGCUAAGGAGGAGCAGUUCUGUUUCAAGACUUUAGGAUUUCACUUCCAGCUGUGGGAGUAACAAAUGAAUUUAUGCAACUUUGGUAACCUUUUUCCUCAAACAUCAGUUUCCUUUUGCAAUGGGAUGGGGUUCUGGAGGUGUGUGUGGGGGUUCAUUUAGAGAAAGACCUAAGCCUGAGACCCAUUUUCUGCACUUAAGAGAUCCACCUGUGUCAGAUCCUCCUCUAGAUGAAGUAUUUGAGUUGGGUUUUAUUUAAAACGUUGUACACUGUCACUCGGGGGGGGACACUUUGCUACUAACCCAAGGAGAGAAGAGGCUCUCUGAGGCACUGUGGGGGCUGCUCUGUCCCAGGCUGCCAUCUUCUAGCUACUGUAUUUAUUUACUUCAUCCUGCAACUGUGUGAGGGGCUCCAGCACCUCCUGCUGGGUUGGGUUCUUUUGUAUGUCCAGGGGUGGUUUUGCACAGGGUGGGACUGCUGUCAGGUCACUGUUCUGCUUUUCUCUUUCUGUGAUUGAGAAGCCUACUCUGCAAUUUGAAGUAAAUGUUUGCUUUUCUUA